ACAUUCACUUUAGAGGCGCUGACUUCUCUGUCGUAUAUUCUGUUGUGAAACGUACUUGCCAGGACAUUUCAGAUGAAAACUUCAUUCUAAGCUCUACUACUGAAGACACCUACACGGAGAGAGAUGGAGAAGCCCGUUCUGCAGAUGCAGCCAUCCACUUUACCUUUUUUUGACACAGCACAUGCCUUCAAUCUUCUGAGGGGAAUCCACGAACUUCGAGCUGAAAGGAAGUUUUUUGAUGUGACUUUAUGUGCUGAGGGUCGAGAGUUUCACUGUCACCGCACAGUCUUGGCUGCUGCCAGCACAUACUUCCGGGCCAUGUUCACAGGGACAUUGAAGGAAAGUAUAAUGGACCGAGUGGUCCUACACGAGGUAUCCGCUGAACUUCUAGGCCUACUGGUGGACUUCUGCUACACAGGAAGAGUUACUGUCACUCAUGAUAAUGUGGAUCUCCUACUCAAAACAGCCGAUUUGUUUCAGUUCCCCUCAGUCAAAGAGGCCUGCUGUGCUUUCCUGGAGCAACGGCUGGAUGAGUCCAACUGCUUAGAGAUCCAGGACUUUGCUGAGGCCUAUGCAUGCAGAGAGCUGGCAGCCAGUGCUCGCCGCUUUGUCCUCAAAAACAUAAUGGAACUAGCUAAAGGAACAGAGUUUGAGCGGUUGCCGUGGAAGCGCCUCCUAGAGUUUGUAUCAGAUGAUGAGCUUUGUGUGGACAAGGAGGAGACAGUAUAUCAGAUUGCAGUGCGAUGGGUGAAGUCUGACCUCCAGCGACGGCUGCACUACUGGCCCGAGCUCCUCCAGCAGGUGCGACUGCCUUUUGUCAGGAGAUUUUUUUUGUUAGCUCAUGUGGAGAGUGACCCACUCGUCUACCUGUCCCCCACCUGCCUCCGCAUGGUGAAUGAAGCUCGUAGCUUCCAGUCCUGUGAAUAUGAUCGCCAUGACCGACCCUGCCAGCGCAUGCGGCCACGGCCUUCCACAGGCCUGGCAGAAAUCUUGGUGAUGGUCGGAGGCUGUGACCAGGACUGUGAUGAGCUGGUCACAGUGGACUGUUACAACCCGCAGACUGGACAGUGGCGCUACCUGGCUGAGUUCCCUGACCACCUAGGAGGAGGUUACAGCAUAGCUGCCCUCGGAAACGAUAUGUAUGUCACAGGUAAAGCAGAAGGAGCACAAAAACACUGUCUCAACACAUAG